UUAAAAAAAAAUCACUCAAUCACUCACCCAAACACCAUUCUCUCCGUCCCCAAAAAAUCAAAUACAGAAAGAAAAAAAACCACUCUCAGUACGACACCGUUUCGCAUCUCGCCGGCAACAAUGGACGACGAAGAAGAACAACAAAAGCUUCCAGAUCUAGUAAAAGCUCUCGUCCACCAUCUACUUUCUCAAAACCUUCCCCCAAAUUCCCCACCCUUAAACCCUACCUCCUCUCACUUCCAAAACUCCCUCCGUUACGCCCACCGCAUUCUCUCCAGCCACCUCACUCCCUCCGUAACCCCCGAUGCCGCCGCCAUCGCCGAAUCCAUCAAACGCCGUCUCGCCACCGAAGAUUCGUUAGCAAUUUGACCGGAUCAUCUUUGCUCGAAAUCGCAGCUCUUACAGUAACUCUCCCUAUUUUGGUACUUAUUCGCCACUCCUUCAACUCCAUUCCCAUAACUGGUAACUCCCUGAAGAAGAAAAAGGACGAUGCACCGUCUGAGCAUAGGAGUUUUAAAGCUUACCUAUCUACAUUGACUCUGGAUUUUCUUGUCAUAGUUGUUCCUAUGCUCUUACUUUUCACUGUACUUGCUGACUGGAGCUAUAUAAUAGCAAGUUUAUUCACAAUCUUAACAUUGCUUUAUAUUGCAGUGAAGAGGCCUGGUGGUUCAUCUCCUGUUUUAGAAGAGCCCAAUUCUGUUAGGGCAUAUAUUACUUCGUACAGGGUUAUUGUGAUGAUUAUAACAAUCUUGUGCAUCUUAGCUGUUGAUUUCAGAAUAUUUCCUAGAAGAUAUGCGAAGACUGAAACAUACGGAGCUAGUUUGGCAGUUGAACUGUGGUUGGUUGAUAAAGCGGUUUUACCAAUUGAAAAUUCUGCGGAUGGAAGCAUCCAUCGCAAUUAUGACUUACUUCUUCAACAUAAGUUGAAUCUUGUCGGAGAGGUGCAGCUGCGUGCUAACCACUGUCUCUUAGGAUUGCCCGGUGUGACAAUGGAGGAACUCGUCAGUGUUGUGAGUCAUCCUCAGGCUCUUGCUCAAUGUAGGACGGUGCUGAACGAUUUAGGUGUUGAUAAAGUUCGUGACCAGGAUACUGCCGUUGCUGCUAAGACAGUGGCCAUAAAUUGUGUAAGACACACCGGAGCCAUUGCAAGUUCCCGAGCUGCAGAAAUAUACGGCCUGGACAUUCUUGCUGAAGGAAUUCAGGAUGAUGAUGAAAAUGUUACCCGUUUCUUGGUCCUUGCGAGGGAGCCUAGAAUUCCAGGAACUGACAGGCCCCAUAAGUGUCCUCAACAACGUAAUCAAAUAGAUUGCGGGUAUUUCAUGUUGAGGUUUAUGCGAGAUACUCUUGCUUUGGGCCGAUUAAAGAUUCCCACCGAUUACUUUGAUGAAUUCAAGUGUGCAUUUUAUACAAAGGAUCAAGUGGACGAAAUCAAAGAGGAGUGGUGUCAAUUAAUGAUAAAGCUCAAUGUUUGUUCAUAAAUUUGUGUAAUUAAUGUGUACAUUUGUAGUAUAUGUUAUGACUUGUAAAUGUGUACAUAAAUUUGUAUAUAUUUUGAUACAUUUAAGGCAAAAUUGGUUUGAAUUGGUAUAUA